AUGGUUCUCAAUAGAGACUGCUGGGAAUGGAACAAGCUCCGUACUCAACUCCCAACUGAUGUGGACAACAAGAUCAUCAGACACAACUUUGAGCUUAAAUCCAACACUGAUGACAAACCUAUAUGGACAGAAACGCAAACUGGUUCAUUUAGUGUUGGUACUGCCUGGGAUAAGAUGCAACAAAGAAGACCAAAAAAUGACAUUUUAGACAAUCUUUGGCAUAAAAAUAUUCCUUUCAAAAUGUGUUUUCUCACUUGGAGAGCCAUCCAAGACAGACUAUCCAUUGAUAGCAAAGUUGCUAGUCUUGGAAUUUCUAUAGAGCCUGGGUGCUACUGUUGUAAGGGGGAUAUCGCUGGCAAUACUCGUGAAAACAUUGAACACUUGUUUUCCUAUGGAGACCUCGCAAAGAAAAUUUGGAGCUUCUUUGCAGCUGCUUUUGUAUCGAAGAUCAUCCCUCCUAUCAUUUGCUGGGAGAUUUGGAAAUCCAGAUGCAGCAGUAAGCAUGAGAUCACAAAGAAUAAAUUCACAAAGGCAAGGAUUGGAAAUUCAUGGAGUAGCUUAUGUAGAGCCAUGGAGAAUGCAGUCAACCAAAAAUCAGCAAUCAGUGUUAGAUGGAUAAAACCUCCCUCCAUGAUGGCAAAACUGAACAGUGACGGAAGCAGCAAGGAUGGCUUUAAUCUGGGGCAGGGUACUAGCAACAUGGCUGAAGCUUCAGCUUUAUUAUAUGGCCUGACAUGGUGUGCAAACAAUGGAAUCAAUUUAGUAUGGGGAGAGACUGAUUCCCUUCUACUCGUCAAAUGCAUUAAAAGAGAGUGGAAACCACCAUGGAAGAUUGCAAAAGAGAUUCAACAAAUUCAGAAUCUAGUUGAAGAAAAUGGAUUCAACAUCAGCCACUGUUUUAGAGAAGCCAACAAACUUGCAGAUAAGUUGGCUUCCUUUAGUCACAGUACUAAUGGAAUCCAAGUCUUCAACUCCUUUUCUGUGCUUCCAAGAUCAGUUAGAGGGCUAAUCAACUUGGACAAAUGGAACCUGCCUAGUUUCAGAAUCAGACCUGUCAAACCAUCCCUACUGGUGUAUGACCCACCUUGA